UAAAUUAAUCGCCAGACUUGUACGGUCACAUUUAACAUUUGGAACAACAAUGCGUUUCAUUUUUGUUUAUAAUCAAAUUGUAUUACACGGCUAUUUCUUUUCCCCAGGUUUAAUUUAAUUGCCAAGAUUGACGAGUGAGAGUAAAGCAAACUUACGACACUAUUUAGCACCAAAUCGAGUGUAAAAUAGUAAAUUCUUUGAAAAAUACCGUUACUGAAUAUUUAUAAUAUUGAUGCAACACGUGCCCAACGUGACAGACAGUGCAACAUAAAGAGUUAGUGUUCGAUAGACUGUGCAAUACAGCGAAAUAAUAGCAAACAAAAUCAUUCUGUUGUAGCAUUGAGACGCGACGAAAUACAAUGGCGAGCAAGGAUAAUCAAAUGUUCCCGAUCAAAAUCACCAAUUUCAUCAAUCCACAUUUCUUUCACUUCAAAUUGGAAAGCAUUGUUGGUCAGUUUGACACUGAUACCGAAGCUCAAUUGAAAGAGAAUGCCGAAAAAUGCACACAAAAAGAUAAAGCCGGCUAUAUGCCUGAAAUCGAUGAAAUCGUUGCCGCAUACAUCGUUCCUUGGAAGAAAUGGUGUCGCGCACAAAUUGACUUAGUUCUUCAGGAAGGCAAAACGCAUAAGUAUGUUGUUUGGUGUUUGGAUCAAGGUGUACCGAUGAAAGUGGAAAGUGACAAUCUUUUGCCAAUGUCAAAAUCUUUACAAUCUUUACCAGCAGCCGUAUACACUGGUGGUUUGGCGAAGUGUGAACCAGUCGAAAUGCGGCUCAAUUUCGCGACAAUGGCUUACGAAUCGUUUGGUAUCAGCGAUUUUCCAGAAUAUUUGAUCACAAAAGCCAAACAAUUGAUUGAGGAGGCAGCGGAAAUCUUCUUUAUGCCAUCCGAACGAAUUGGUGACCAUGUUUUUGGUGAUUUGCGAAUUACAAAAUACUGCGGCAAAAAAAUUGAUUUGUUAUAUGAGUUGGCCAAAACCGAAAACAUAAAAAUUGGCACGUUUCCCAUUCCACGAGAUAUUGGUGAAAAGUUUACGAUCAAAAAACGCCGUUAUGAAAAUCAUCUAGGACACUUGAAUAUUCAAAGCUCAAUGAAACUUGCGACAGAAUUGGGAAAUUGUGCCACCAUUUCAGCGGUAUCGCUUCCAUCAACGAAAAAUUUGGAAAAUGAUGAAAAAAUCAUUUUGAAUUGGACGCGUCAAAAUAACGAAUUGGCGAAACAGGAAGAGCACAAUAUGAAAAUUGGCUUCGACAAUGUGUUGUGUGCACUGAACGAACACAAAGUGCGUGGAAUCGCAACCAUUCCAUAUCCAAGAUCGUACAUUUAUGGCAGUUCGACCACCAUUUACAAUUCGGUGUCUCAUUUGUCAUCACAAUUUGGUUCACACUCCACCAUUGCAGAAGACAAUCCAGUUGAUGAGCCGGCGCUGGUCAUGGGAUCGGAUCCUCAAAUCCACAAAAUGGAACGGCUUACGAGCAAAUUGGGUGCCACUUCGAUCAAAGCCAAAAAUACGAACGUGAAGCCAAAGAAAGAACAGAAAAAAGUUGUGUACAUUCCAAGCGGACAUGAAAGCGAUUUGGUCAAUUUUCACAAAUACAAUUUUUGAUUUAAGCAUUUCACUUGCUUAACUUUAUUCAAAAUUCAUAAAUAACAAUUAUUUCAUUUCAAUAAAUUUC